GAAAGAGAGUGCCUGACAUUGAGCGGCGAAGUGUAAUCGCGCGCGUACAGAAGCAAUGAAAUCGUCUCCUGCCUGUGUGAUCGUUUAACGUUGUGUGCGGUGCGUGUGUGCGUGAGCGCGCUCGACUUGUCAACAAUAUUAUAAUAAUAAACGCGUACGACGAUCGCCGAAAAUUUCUUCACAACAACGUCGUGCUCCCAUGAUUCUCCGAGACCGGUGUAACAGUUGGGCGAUGUGCGGUGGUGCUCAUUGGACGCUCAACGGCUACACGUGACGGGCGACCGAAAUUUUUCAUAACUCUCCCUCGCUGUCUCGAGAAGUAACAAAGUCGAAAAGAAAAAAGAAAAUGUCGCCGAUAAGCGUGAUUUUUACGCUCUUGUGCCUCUAUCACGGCCUGCCCACCGCUUAUUCUUGUAAUUAUCGCUAUGAUUACAACUGUGCCAACCACACCACAGAAGUGAAGCCUUGCUCGAGGCAUCAUCUACCAGCAGCCAGUGAGGUCACAUUCAGCAUCAUCGAGGACCACGACAGGAGUAAUCACUCCAGUAUCGUCGUGGUGGAAUUUCCUACUCCCAGUGAAAACUGCGAGCUUGAAGUACAACUGUACGUUGCCCCUGGAAUAAAUGACGAGGAGGCUUGCAUGGAUUAUACUUUCAGCAUGAGAGAUUCUCAUCCACAUACAAGUUCAAAGUAUAUUUGUCCUGAAAACAAGCAGCGUCCAAGUACUAACUCAUCUUGUGUGAGAGAAAAUGCUGAAGUCUGGUACAAUCACGUGUACACAGGGUGUUAUUCAUUUGUUUUCAUAGCUGAUAAGAGUUAUUACGAGUUUCGAAAAAAGGCAUUUUUAGAAACGACUUACAAAAAGACUGAAGUUGUCACUCCUAUGGUUAGCUGCAACGUUCAAUCGACAUUCAAUGAAACUCACAAAGAAUUUGAGAUUGCUGAGGUAACUGCAACCAUUUCUUUGGUAUUUGGAUCACCUUUUGCAAAGCUAGCUGUUGUCAGAGCUGAGGACAAUAGCACAUGCAGAGGAGAUACUAUAGUACAAGAGAUCCAUGACUUGCUCCCAGUGCCAUUUGAAAUGGACCAAUCAUGCAGCAUGGAAACGCGUUCGAUGCUUGAGAACGGCACGAGAUUUCAGAAUCUUUACUGCAGGUUUCCAGUUGGGAACAAUCCUGUAGAUUCUAACUACUGCUUCUACAUGACACUCCACGAUGCUCGUUGCAGCGUCAACACCAUUUGGCGACCACCGGGUGACCCUAUGUACCCAUGCAACUGGUCCCUAAAGUGCAGCAGAGGAGGCGACAGAGACAUCAAAAACACCACGGCUACUUUGCGCAUACCCCCCAAAGACAACAGCUUUUGGAGCCGAUUCGCAGAGACCCUCCACAUGAAGUUUCCAUUUGAGAAUAACAAAACAAUGUCCUCGAACAACGUCAAUUUCGAGAAGACCCCGCCACCGCCUCGCGCCAAGUUUUACUUCGCCACUGUAGUCGUGCUGGCGCUCAUCGGAUCGUUCACGAUCUGCUGCCUCCUGGUCGCCGCCGUGUACUUUCUCUAUCGACGCUAUUCAUUGAGAAAGUGCCACCGCGCCGACGACGAGGCUCCGGCGUCUCCCGCAGCCGACGGCGACAACGUGGAAAUGCAACCGCUUGGUCAGGAACAGGCGGCCGACCGCAGAGACAUCAUGCUGAUGUACGUCAAGGACGAUCAGCAAUUCAUGGGGGAGAUGACGAAUCUGCAGAGGCAGCUCCAAGGUCGCACCGGAGCCAGUGUUUACUCUUGGUGGACGCCGAGCGUCUUUCAGAACGUCUCCGCCGAGGGAGCUUACGAGUGGGCCACCGCGAGAAUCUCGCGAGGAUGCCGAGUCGUAUGGUUCGACACGAAGAAGGCGCGCGAACUUCUGACCUCGGUCGUGGAGGGUACUCCGGUGUACGCGGAUCAUCGAGACGAGAACUUCAACAGGGUUCUUCAGCACGUCGUACGUACCAAGGAUCCCAAUACCGAGUAUCACGUUCAUCACGUUGCCAGAUUCACGAAACCAGCGUAUGCUGUGCCAGAUACUAACGAUAUCAAUGAUCCCUUCUCGGAGAUAGCUGUAAAUACCAGGUACAUACUGCCCCAAGGAAUGGAAAACCUCGUUAAAAGUUUGCGUUCGGAAUAGACAUUACCAGUCGAUCGAACAUUUGUACAUAUUCCCAACCCAAGUAAGACAGAACGGAAUUUUCCGGAUAAUAAAAAAAAAAAACAGAUCUUGAAGCUCAACUGUGAAUAUUAUAGACAAUCAUCGCAUUGCUUGCGAUUAUAUUUUUUGCAUUAAUGUUAAAUUGUAGCCAUAUACUUAUUUUGUAAACAAAAGUUGUUAGAGUAUAUAUUUUUUUCGUGCUCUAUCUAGUCAAAAAAUUGCUACAUCAAUUUUAAUUAAGAAUGACCUGAUAUGAUUGUCACUUUGUAAUAUAAAUUCGAGAGAGACACGAAUAAUUUUGUGUGCCUUGAAGUGAAAGAAAAAUAUCAAAAAUCACAUAUUUGUUAACUUUGAUUUCGCCUCAAGUUAAAAUUUCGCAUAUGUAUUUUUGAUAUUCUUAAUUAAGCCUCUCGAAUAACGUGAUAUUAUGUACUAUAAGUUUUAUAAGUGAAUUUGUUUGAAAAUUUCAAGUUUUAUGUGAAACAUUCAAACAAAUCUAAGCAAAUGUUUAUUUCAUAAGAGAUGAAUUUAUGGUAUUUACAAAGAAACUUUUUUAUUUAAUAAAAAUAUGUUGAUACGCUUAUAAAUGGUGACAUUUAAGCAAUUGUAAUAAAAAAAGGAAUACACUGAACAUGAA